ACACAUGACAGGCUACAUAAGGGGUGCAAUGUGGGAGAGAGACACAGGGAGGAGAAGAGAGAGGAGUAAAUUCUGUCUCUCCAAGACUCAGAAUAUUAAUAAUAUUAAUAAUAAGAUCACACAAGAGCAGUGAUAUUUAACAGGAUGGAUUUCGACCUGCCUCCCACCAUACCUGUGAGCGGGAUCCCCUGGGAAAGAGUUCUGCCUCCCAUGCUGCCUCGCCUCGGGGGCACUUUUGGAUCUUACGCAUGGACCCCAGCUGAGCUACUGAUUCCGGUUAAAGAGCACACUGGAGCCGCACAGGUGGGAAAGGUUGUUUGUGACCAAAAUGGAUUUACUGUGCAGCUUGAUGUGAAACACUUCAGCCCUGAGGAGCUUAUGGUCAAAGUCACAGGCAACUAUGUUGUGGUAGAAGGAAAACACGAACAGAGAAAGGAUGGAUCUGGAUUAGUGACCCGGCAGUUUAACCGAAGGUACCGCAUCCCAAAUGAAGUGGACGGCAUGAAACUGGAGUGUGCAGUGUCACCAGAGGGAAUGCUUGUAAUUUCUGCCCCUUUGCUGAAGACUGAAAAUGCCAAAUCAUCUACACACCCUGGACCAGGAGUGUAAAGACACUCAACAGGUUUGGACAACAAGACAAGCAACAAGUUGGACCUUCUACUAUUUAUUUAAUCUUGUCCCAAGAUGUGUUUCAAUCACUCUUAAAAAGGAUGAGCAUAAGGAGAAACAGACCAGAUUUCCUCUUGCAUGAAAGCUAGUGGGUACUAUUUCCAAAUGCCAAUUCCAAACAUACUUGAUACCAAGCCAAACACCACAUCAUUAAUCCUUUUUCUUUAGCAUUUUAAUAAUAUUAAACUUCCAGGCAUACUGAAAACACCUGAUCUGAAUUCAGAAUCCAGCUCGAAUUUUCCAGCAUGUUCUAAACAUUCUAAUAUUUGUGUUUAAAAACAGUUGCACAUAUCAGAUAUUGUUAUUGUGAGUUCAUGACUGUACAUAUUCUUUAAUAACUUUGUUUUGUAAGCGUUAAGUACGAGUUAUAAUAUUCUAUGAGCUAAUUUAACUGCUGCGUCAUCAUGAAUUAUUUUUCCAAAAUGAUUUAUUUAUAGUGUAAACACAUUCACAUCCAUUUGCAAACACAAAAUAAAUACACACUGUAUUGGUUUGCAAUAAUAAACACGAUUGUGUGCCUAAGUGCA